AUGCGUAAGAAAGUGAGUGAUCGCGAUCGCAUCAACGAUACCUGUGCUUUGAAUUGGAGUAAAACGAAUAGGAACUUUCCAAAAGUUGUUGAAAAUGUUAGAAAAAUGUCGGAUGGGAAGGGUAUCGAUCAAAAUCUCGUGGAAGAAGAGUUUAAUGCGAUCCGAGUUACCGAUGCAAAUUCAGCAGCACCUUGUAAUUCUGUCGUUACUUCUGUUGACUUUUCGUAUGAGAAUGUUUCUCUGCUUCUUACUGCUGGUUUUGAUAGAAAGUUGAGGAUAUUUGACAUUGACGGAAAACGAAAUUCACUAAAGUCUUCCUCUCUGUUUGAGGAUUUACCUCUUCGCAAGGUUAAAUUUACAUCUUCUGGUCAAAUAUUGUUAAGUGGCAAGGCAAAUUUCAUUUAUGUAUAUGAUAUAAAUAAAAGUUCAGUCAUGAGCCGUGUUGAUGUUUUUGGCUCAGAAAUACUGAUCAAAGGUUUUGCAGAGUCACCUAAUACUUCAGAAGUUCAGACUACUUCAAUAUAUGGUAUUGGAAGGACUUUAUCUGUCUUCUCAAGUCGGGACUAUCGAAAAGUUGCGACUCUCAAUGUUAGCGAAGACAUAGUUGGUGCUUCUUACUCUCACAGUGGACGAGAAUUAUUUUUAGCUGGGUCUGACGGUAAAGUUUGCACUUGGGACUUGAGGAAGAUGAGGUGCAUGGAUAAAAAGAGUUUAGUCGGAUCCAGAAAAGUAACAGCCCUCAACUACUCAGCUUUAGACCAGUUGGCAGUUGGUGAUAGCGAUGGAGUGGUAAAUAUUUUUCCUCGAUGGAAAGAGCUUUUUAAUGAUUCAUCUCAAAAGGAGUUGGUUGCAGGUGAGAAAAUAAUGAGCUUGAAGUCUGUAGUAGACGGUGUGAGCUAUAAUUGUGGUGGUAACUUACUAGCACUUUCAUCAAGUGUGUGCAAGGAUUCUUUAAGAAUGGUCAAGCAGCCUUCGUGCACUAUUUGCUCCCGAUGGCCUACAUCCAAGACUCCUGUCAAUUUUGUGUUUUGUACUACUUUUAGUAGAGAAAGCAGGUAUCUCGCUGUGGGCAAUGCACGUGGCAGAGUGUUAUUAUAUUCUCUCAGAUAG